AUGAGAGAUAUCAAACAAAUAGAGAGCGUUCUUGUCUCGAUGAGUAUCGCAGCGCCACACAACAGAAUAAUUGAUGUACACGAAACUAUAUUUCAUAUUACAUCUACCGUACAUUUUAUAGUGAUAGUUGCGAUACUUAUAAUAGGAUUAUGUCAAAAGGAGGCAUUGAAAUUAUGUGCUAAGAAGAUAAACGAGAUCGAUAAAACGCUUCAAGCAUUAGGCUCAUCAACAUCUUUCAACAACAUUUACAAUAGAACAUUAAGGGACAUAACGAUAAUUAUCAUUUAUUUGUUCGUCUUUUUUAUGAUAAAGGUCGUAGGGCAAAUUUUAAAAAAUUGGCCGUUUAUUAAGCCGUUAAAAAUAUGUUCCUUCAUAUUUUUACAUACGUAUAGUUUUAUGGUUGAAUUUUUACUGGUGAUCGAAUUCCUUACCAUUGUGAGGUGUAUCAAAUCGGAAUUUCAACGAGCGAACGAACUUCUUGCCGACAUCAGUGUUCUACCUAUUUCUUCUAUUGCUUCGGAAUUAUUUGAACACAGAGAAGCUGAUGGUUCUUUUUCUAUAGAACGAGCUCUUCCUGUCGAUUCGAAAAAAUUAUUUAUCGUUGCACCGUCAUUAAGACAAAGGCAGUCGCAAUUACAAAUUUCGAGUCACAAAAUAAAUAGAAGUAGAAUGUUGUUACGAACAAUCAGACAGAUUCAUCUGGAAUUAUACAGAGUAUCCAACAAUCUUAGUAAUAUGUAUGGCAUACAGAUAUCCCUAGAAAUGGCAAUGUGUAUUAUGCUCAACACAUAUGUGCUAUAUAAUUUUUAUGUGACAUACAAGGAAGAAAUAAGUAACACUCACGAAUUGAUUUUUCAAUUCAUUAGAUCGCUUUUGUUGUUUUUACAACAUUCGACUAAGAUUUUUUUCGUUAAUUAUUUUUGUGACAAAACAACAAAAGAGGUAGAAGUAUUUUCUUUGCAAAUGAUGCGACAUCAUAACGCUUAUACCGCAUUCGGUUUAUAUAAUCUUAAUUGCAAACACAUUUGUUCGUGCAUUGCCAUUAUAACGACAUACAUGGUUAUCAUGAUACAAGUAACCGAUUCAGUAAAAGGAAAGUCAUAA